UUGAAGUCAGCUGGAUUUGGUUUCUCCACAGAACAGUACAAUUUUGGAGUAGAAUCCGUUAAAAGUUCUACUUACAUUAGAAAUAAAUUUAAAUAUACUUUGUUUAAAGAAUUACUCCAAACACAAUCAUGGAAUUUCCCAUACCAGAGGCUCAAUACUGGGACGUUUCGAAAAAGUCCCAGAAAGAUCGGCAAAUGAUUCGGAAGUUCGUUCCCGAAGCCGUCGAUCUGGCCACCAUAAGUCGCGGAGAGAUUUACAGGAUUGACACCUUCUAUUUGGAGUGCCAGAAGUACAGGGAUCAUUAUCGUGACCCCUACGGCAAGGUGCAUUGUCCCCCAUUCUUCCACUUGCACAAGGGAAAGUGCGGUAUUAAGUUGGACCAGACCCUGGCCCAGAUGACACAGGCGAUUGCCGGAACUGUGGACCGCCAGCCAAUAGUGUUUCCCCUGAUUCCAAACAAGGGCAUGUUUUUGGGCGGCAGCAUUCCAAUGGGGUCACAUACAUCCAAAAUUGGCGUCACAAGCUAUCUGAGAUGACGUAUUUGUAUAUACUUUAUA